AUGUAUUUCAUGUCGGCUUUAACACUACUGUCACUCGUCAUCUUAUCAGACGCCAAUAAUUACAAUACAACCCAGUCAACAAUAAGAAGACUCAAGACAUAUCUCCAAGGGGAAACAGAAUCUGCUGGUAUCAGUGUUGACCACACUGAGGGCAGACAGGUGAACAUUAGUAUAUUGCCGAUGUCCAUCUCCAAUCUCAAUGCAGCUGAACAGACUUUCAAAUUUAGUGCUGGUGUCAACAUGAAAUGGAUCGACCAAAAUUUGGCUUGGAACACAACUGAGUAUGAUGGUAUUGAAAACGUGACCAUCUCUGCAGAUUACGUGUGGAUACCUUCUGUUGUCAUCCCUAAUGGUAUCGACAACGUUGUACCGACUUCAGCACAAUCACCAGUCAUUUACAGUGAAGGAGUUGGAAUGCUUCUAUUAUUUGAGAGUUUCAAGACCAGUUGUCAAAUAGACAUCUCUCUGUACCCGUUUGACCAGCAGCGAUGCAGCGUACUCUUCAUGCCUGUCAAUGGGUACACACUAGAAGUAUCUAGGUCGUCUUUUGGCGAGAGGCUACCGUCUUUCUUCAUUGAGAACAGUGAAUGGGAGUUGGUUGAUAUACUUGCCAAAGUGAAAGACGUCGAAAUGACAUCAGUAACCAAUUUUGCAUCGUUUGAGUUUCUUCUGAAACGCAAGAGCAUGUUCUAUAUAGUGAGUAUCAUCUUACCCAUGACUCUUCUCUCUCUGCUCAACGCCUGUGUGUUCCUCCUACCACCUGACUCCGGAGAGAAGAUGUCCUACCUCAUCUCCAUAUUUGUGUCAUAUGCAGUGUUCAUGAACUUCGUCAACGACUCCAUCCCCAAGUCUGGAGACGUGUGUCGACUGUCUGUGUACCUGACCCUCGUUCUUUGCCAGAGCUGCCUGGCUAUCAUCACAGCCAUGGUCACUCUCAAUAAUAUCUGCCUAUUUCAGCCAAAGACGGGUGUACAGCCUGCAGAUGUACAAGUAGAGACGAAAAGCUCUGAACGUCAGUGUGUGAAGUCUGCUCACAACGCCCGUCGAACAGAACGCGUCUUGUUUGGGGUGUUCCUGCUUCUGGCUCUGAUGUCCCUACUGGUGUUUUGUAUGUAG